AGAAAAAAGAGAGAAAAAUGAUGUUCUUCGCAGCACCAACCUCAAUCCCAAUUCCAACACAAACCCAUCUCACAAUCCAUACUGCCCAUCAGUUAUUCCCCUCAAAGAUUCAAAAAAGAACCUUAAAAUUCACAAUUCGAUGUUCUUCCACAAGUUUACAAGAGAAAAUUCAAGAAAAGUCAUCAGUGAAUGAGUUGACGGGAAAGGCAGAUUUGUUGAAGAGUAAAAAGGGUGAUUUACUUGAUUUUCUCCCGCCUAUAAAGGUUGCAAAGAGGGUGGUGCUGGUGAGACACGGGCAGAGUAGUUGGAAUGCAGAGGGGAGGAUUCAGGGCAGCUCUGACUUCUCUGUUUUGACGCAAAAAGGAGAGGCUCAGGCUGAGACUUCUCGCCAGAUGCUUAUUGAUGAUUCUUUUGAUGUCUGCUUUUCAAGUCCACUGAUUCGAUCAAAGAGGACAGCUGAGAUCAUAUGGAAUGUUCGCAAUGAGGAGAUGAUCACUGAUGCUGAUCUGCGAGAAAUUGAUCUUUAUUCUUUCCAAGGCCUCCUCAAACAUGAGGGAAAAGCCAAAUAUGGAUCAGCUUAUCGUCAAUGGCAAGUUGAUGCUCCAAAUUUCAAUAUUGAUGGUCAUUAUCCUGUAAGGGAGCUGUGGGAACGAGCAAGAAGCUGCUGGACAAGAAUUUUAACUCAUGACAGCAGGUCCAUACUUGUUGUUGCUCACAAUGCUGUUAAUCAGGCACUUGUUGCCACAGCCAUUGGACUGGGCACUGAAUAUUUCAGAGUUUUACUUCAAAGCAAUUGUGGGGUUAGUGUCUUGGACUUCACCCCAAAACCUGAAGGUGGAUCGCCCAAUAUUUUUCUUAAUCGCUUAAACCAGACCCCCAAUUCACCUAUAGCUGCUGGCAGUUCUGGAGGCAGGAAAACUGGUAUGCGGAUCAUACUUGUGUGUCAUGGAAUCUCUCAAAAUGAUCCUGAGGAUAACUUUCCACACUCUGGGGAUGGACCAUUGAACAUGCUUGGUGUCAUACAGGCGCAGAAAACUGCAGAGCUUCUUCUUGACCUGAAGCUGAAAACUAUAGUCAGCAGCACUAAGAUUGCAUCAGCAGAGACAGCUAAUACAAUCUGUAGAGUUCAAGAAGCUGCUGAUUGCCUCGGUGCUGACUGUGUUCCACGGUAUGUGGAAACAAAGCAGAUUCAGGACCUUGAUGUUGGACAAAUCCUUAAGAAAUCAAAGAAGCAGGAUGCAGUAGGAUCUCGGCCUCUUCAGCCUGGCUGGUUGAAUGGAUACGAAAGUGAAAUUGCAACAUCACUAUGGGGUCAAUCAGCGAAGGCAUGGAGAUACUUGUUGGAUGAACUUUCUAAGGGCUCAGAGCAGGAGAAUGUUAUGGUUGCAGUAGGCCAUCCUGCCCUUCAUAUCGCAAUGUUGGGGCACUGCUUAAACUUGACAGAGGAAUGGAUGGGGACUUUUCAUCUUGAUGCCGGCAGCAUCAGUGUAGUGGAUUUUCCUGAUGGGCAGACUGGUAGAGGCAUUGUUCGCUGCAUAAAUUACACUGCUCACUUAGGGAGGUGGUCAAUCCCCAUCACAAGAUCAACCUCAGAUGAUGAGGAAUUCUGAUACAUCAUUCUGAAACUCAAUAGAUAACAGAUUUUUCCAGUCCUAUCAUUCCAGAACCAUAAGUGAUAAUGUGCAGUUCCUGUAUGCAAGACCUGAGAGCACAUGGAAGUAAUGUAAAGUCCGCAUGUAUUCUUGUACAAGACAUUUUAAUACCCUGGAGACGAAAAUUAAAAACCAUGCCUUGGAUUUUACGUUUCAA